CGAGGCGCGCGCUCGGGGUCCCGGUCGCGAGGAGGAGGAGGAUGUGGCGCGCGGAGGGGAAAUGGCUGCCGAAAACAAGCCGGAAGAGGGCAAGGGAACCCUGGUGCUGAAGUCCAUGGAGGUCAGCCUUCUUGGCGCAGGCAGGGAGGAAAACAUCCUAACACAAGCUGGAAGAGAGCCAGAACUUUAUGGCCCAAGUAAGGAGUCAGUGUUUCUCAGCAAAAAAAGCAGUUUUUAAGCACCUCUUACAGUUCAAGAGCGUUUCCCAAAGUGUAUUCUGCGGAACUAGCACCUACUGUGUUCUCAACACCGUGCCACCUCUAGAAGAUGAUCAUGGGAACAGCAAUAGUAGUCAUGUAAAAAUCUUUUUACCGAAAAAGCUGCUUGAAUGUCUGCCGAAAUGUUCAAGUUUACCAAAAGAGAGGCACCGUUGGAACACUAAUGAGGAAAUUGCAGCUUAUUUAAUAACAUUUGAGAAACACGAAGAAUGGCUAACCACAUCCCCUAAGACAAGACCACAGAAUGGCUCAAUGAUUCUCUACAACAGGAAGAAAGUGAAGUACAGGAAAGAUGGGUAUUGCUGGAAAAAGAGGAAAGACGGGAAAACGACCCGAGAAGACCACAUGAAACUCAAGGUCCAGGGAGUCGAGUGCUUGUACGGCUGCUAUGUCCAUUCCUCCAUCAUCCCCACCUUCCACCGGAGGUGCUACUGGCUCCUUCAGAACCCCGACAUCGUGCUGGUCCACUACCUGAACGUGCCAGCCAUCGAAGACUGUGGCAAGCCUUGCGGGCCCAUCCUCUGCUCCAUCAACACCGACAAGAAGGAGUGGGCGAAAUGGACAAAGGAGGAGCUCAUCGGACAGCUGAAGCCCAUGUUCCAUGGCAUCAAGUGGACCUGUAGCAACGGGAACAGCAGCUCGGGUUUCUCAGUGGAACAGCUGGUCCAGCAGAUCCUCGACAGCCACCAGACCAAGCCCCAGCCUCGGACCCACAACUGCCUCUGCACGGGCAGCCUGGGAGCGGGCAGCAGUGUGCACCACAAGUGUAACAGUGCCAAACACCGCAUCAUCUCGCCAAAAGUGGAGCCCCGGAGCGGGGGCUAUGGGGGCCACGCGGAGGUGCAGCACAACGAUGUGUCCGAGGGCAAGCACGAGCCGGGCCACGGCAAGAGCGCCGGCCGGGAGAAGCGGAAUGGCAAGGUGGCCAAGCCGGCGCUGCUGCACCAGAACAGCACCGAGGUGUCCUCCACCAACCAGGUGGAGGUCCCGGACACCACCCAGAGCUCCCCCGUGUCCAUCAGCAGCGGCCUCAACAGCGACCCGGACAUGGUGGACAGCCCCGUGGUCACGGGUGUGUCCAGCAUGGCGGUGGCCUCCGUGAUGGGCGGCCUGUCCCAGAGCGCCACCGUGUUCAUGUCCGAGGUCACCAGCGAGGCUGUGUACACCAUGUCCCCCACAGCCGGCCCCAACCACCACCUCCUCUCGCCUGAUGCUUCUCAGGGCCUGGUCCUGGCCGUGAGCUCCGACGGCCACAAGUUUGCCUUCCCUACCACGGGCAGCUCGGAGAGCCUGUCCAUGCUGCCCAGCAACGUGUCCGAAGAGCUGGUCCUCUCCACCACCCUCGACGGUGGCCGGAAGAUUCCAGAAACCACCAUGAACUUUGACCCUGACUGUUUCCUCAAUAACCCAAAGCAGGGCCAGACGUACGGGGGCGGGGGCCUGAAGGUGGAGAUGGUCAGCGCCAACAUCCGGCACUCACCGCCCGCCGAGCGGAGCUUCGGCUUCACCAGCGUGCUCACCAAGGAGAUAAAGACGGAGGACACGUCCUUCGAGCAGCAGAUGGCCAAGGAGGCCUACUCGUCGGCGGCGGCCAGCGCGGGGUCCGGCGCCCUCACGCUGACCGCCGGCUCCAGCCUGCUGCCGUCGGGCGGCGGCCUGAGCCCCAGCACCACCCUGGAGCAGAUGGACUUCAGCGCCAUCGACUCCAACAAGGACUACGCGUCCAGCUUCAGCCAGGCUGGCCACAGCCCCCACAUCCACCAGACCCCGUCCCCCAGCUUCUUCCUGCAGGACACCGGCAAGCCCCUGCCCCUCGAGCAGAACGCCCACGGCGGCCUGAGCGAGUCCGGGGGCGCCUUCGUGAUGCCCACGGUGAAGACCGAGGCCUCCUCGCAGACCAGCUCCUGCAGCGGCCGCGUGGAGCCCCGCAUGGGCUCCGCCUCCUCGCUGCACCUCAUGCAGUUCCAGGCCAACUUCCAAGCCAUGACGGCCGACGGCGAGGUCACCAUGGAAACCUCGCAGGCCGCCGAGGGGGGCGAGGUGCUCCUCAAGUCCGGGGAGCUGCAGGCCUGCGGCUCCGAGCACUACCUGCAGCCCGAGAGCAACGGGGUGAUCCGCACCGCGGGCGGGGUCCCCAUCCUCCAGAGCAACGUGGUCCAGGGGCUCUACCCCGUGGCCCAGCCCAGCCUGGGCCACGCCUCCAACAUGGAGCUCAGCCUGGACCACUUCGACAUCUCCUUCAGCAACCAGUUCUCCGACCUGAUCAACGACUUCAUCUCGGUGGAGGGGGGCAGCAGCACCAUCUACGGGCACCAGCUGGUGUCCGGGGACAGCGCGGCCCUCUCGCAGUCGGAAGACGGGGCGCGCGCGCCCUUCGCCCAGGCCGAGAUGUGCGUUCCUUGCUGCAGCCCCCAGCAGGGCAGUCUGCAGCUGAGCAGCGCGGAGGGGGGGGCCGGCACCAUGGCCUACAUGCACGUGGCCGAGGUGGUCUCGGCCGCCUCCGCCCAGGGCACCCUGGGGAUUCUCCAGCAGAGCGGACGGCUGUUCAUGGUGACCGACUACUCCCCAGAGUGGUCCUACCCCGAGGGAGGCGUGAAGGUCCUCAUCACAGGCCCGUGGCAAGAAGCCAGCAAUAACUACAGCUGCCUGUUCGACCAGAUCUCAGUGCCUGCAUCCUUGAUCCAGCCCGGGGUGCUGCGCUGCUACUGCCCAGCCCACGACACGGGUCUGGUGACCCUACAAGUUGCCUUCAACAACCAGAUCAUCUCCAACUCGGUGGUGUUUGAGUACAAAGCUCGGGCUCUGCCCACACUCCCUUCCUCCCAGCACGACUGGCUGUCCUUGGACGAUAACCAGUUCAGGAUGUCCAUCCUGGAGCGACUGGAGCAGAUGGAGAGGAGAAUGGCUGAGAUGACCGGCUCCCAGCAGCACAAACAGGCGGGUGGAGGAGGCAGCAGUGGAGGCGGCAGUGGGAGCGGGAAUGGAGCAAGCCAAGCUCAGUGUGCCUCUGGGACUGGGACCCUGGGGAGCUGCUUCGAGAGUCGUGUGGUUGUUGUCUGUGAGAAGAUGAUGAGCCGCGCCUGCUGGGCGAAGUCCAAGCAUUUGAUCCAUUCGAAGACUUUCCGUGGGAUGACCCUCUUACACCUGGCUGCUGCCCAGGGCUACGCCACCCUGAUCCAGACCCUCAUCAAGUGGCGCACGAAGCAUGCAGAUAGCAUUGAUUUGGAGCUGGAAGUUGACCCCUUGAAUGUGGACCACUUCUCUUGUACUCCUCUGAUGUGGGCUUGUGCCCUCGGACACUUGGAGGCUGCGGUGGUGCUGUACAAGUGGGACCGUCGGGCCAUCUCCAUUCCGGACUCUCUGGGAAGGCUGCCCUUGGGAAUUGCCAGGUCAAGAGGUCAUGUGAAAUUGGCAGAGUGUCUGGAGCACCUGCAGAGAGAUGAGCAGGCCCAGCUUGGACAGAACCCCCGGAUCCACUGUCCCCCGAGUGAAGAGCCAAGUACAGAGAGCUGGAUGGCCCAGUGGCCCAGUGAGGCCAUGAGCUCUCCAGAAAUACCCAAAGGAGUCACUGUCAUUGCAAGUACCAAUCCAGUGCAGGUGACUGGAAAUCCGAAGGGGACCAGUGUAGGAAAGGACGCAGCACCUUCACAGGUGCGUCCACGGGAACCAAUGAGUGUGCUGAUGAUGGCAAACAGAGAGGUGGUGACUACAGAGACGGGGGCCUACCGAGAUGGUGCAGAGCACGUGGGAUGCUCUCCACCUGUGGAUGACAUUCAGGUGAACAUGAUGACCUUGGCAGAACACAUUAUUGAAGCUACCCCUGACCGAAUCAAGCAGGAGAACUUUGUGCCCAUGGAGUCCUCAGCAGUGGAAAGGACAGACCCUGCCUCCAUUAGCAGUACAAUGAGCUGGCUGGCCAGUUACCUAGCUGAUGCUGAUCGUCUGCCAAGUGCUGCCCAGAUCAGAAGUGCGUAUAAUGAGCCUCUGACCCCUUCAUCUAAUACCAGCAUGAGCCCUGUAGGCUCUCCAGUCAGUGAAAUAGCGUUCGAGAAACCUAACCUUCCCUCUGCAGCAGACUGGUCAGAAUUCCUGAGUGCAUCUACAAGUGAGAAGGUAGAGAAUGAGUUCGCCCAGCUAACUCUGUCGGACCAUGAGCAGAGAGAGCUUUACGAAGCUGCCAGGCUUGUCCAGACAGCUUUCCGGAAGUACAAGGGCCGACCCUUGCGGGAACAGCAGGAAGUGGCUGCUGCCGUCAUUCAGCGUUGUUACAGGAAAUAUAAACAGCUGACAUGGAUAGCCUUGAAGUAUGCACUUUAUAAAAAGAUGACCCAGGCAGCCAUCCUUAUCCAGAGCAAGUUCCGAAGUUACUAUGAGCAGAAGAGGUUCCAGCAGAGCCGGCGUGCUGCCGUCCUAAUCCAGAAGUACUACCGGAGUUACAAGAAAUGCGGCAAGAGACGGCAGGCUCGCAGGACCGCCGUCAUUGUGCAGCAGAAGCUCAGGAGCAGUUUGCUAACCAAAAAGCAGGACCAAGCUGCUCGAAAAAUAAUGAGGUUUCUACGUCGAUGUCGUCACAGAGUGAAAGAAUUGAAAAAGGCCAAGGAACUUGAAGACAUACAGCAGCAUCCCUUAGCAAUGUGACAUUGCUUUUCAGACUGUUUUCAUUUCUGUUUUUAGCAGAGACAUGCAACAACUACACACAUGCGCACACGCACACACACGCACACACACACACAAUCCCUCUGCAGUUUGGGGAGAUCAGCUGCAGGAUUUUAACGGAAUGUUUUGGUCAUUGCAUUUGCACUUUCAUGGACAACUUUUAAUUUGAUCAGCAAGACAUCUUGGAACUCAAUCUUCUGUUGGAUCAUAGGAAAACAAGACACCAGGAGGAAUCGAAAGAGGCUUCCUCUUCUUAGGAAGAAGUGGUUUUCCUUCUCAUAUAGGGCUGUAUUCAAACAUCGUGUGGAACUGUACAAAUAUUUAUACCAAAAAUAUAGAUAAGAAAAGGUGGGGAAACACUAGCAACACAAAGGAUUGCUGGGCCUGCACCUGCCGGUUAUUUCCAAGAAGCUGAACCCUUGGGAUUGAUUCUCAGUGGAGGGCAUAGAUCACACAAACGUUUAUCGGGUCCGCGUGUUCUCAUUUCCUUCACUGUUUUGUUUGUUAGGGGUUUUGUUUGUUUGUUUGUUUUAAUCUCUACAGCACACUUAAUGCAACUUCUAAAAUCUGCAGGUUGUUCAUGUCUUGUGGAAGUUUGCAGAGGGCGGGUGUGUGGUAAACGGGUAAUGCAUGGGAGAUAGGAGAAACAGCUUUCAGAGUUGACAUUUCUUUUCUUGCCCUUGCACCUCCGAAGAACCUGCGAGGAGUCGUCACCUUGUCCCUUUCUCGUGUCCAGCACUUUAAUUUUGGGCCUUACUUUCAUGUGCAAUGAGAAUUACUUAAGAAUUGGUAAAGCAUGUAGCCUUUUUAGUAACCUUGGAAACAUUUGUCGUUCCAAGGAAUCAUAAACUUUGCCUGGACAUUUGCCACCUAAACGACCAGUGUGGUGCUGCAUUCUGGCCAGUAAAUUCCAUGUGUUUGGCUCUAUCUCAUCCAAACCGAGUGGUCUCCAUGUAUAUAUAGAAGGUAGAAAUGAAAAGUGAGAAAAUAUUUGAAAGGGAUUAUAUUAAUUGCUAAAUAUUUUAUUCACAAAGAUCAAUAACAUGGCAAGAUAAAAUUAUCUGUAUAGUUUUGUCUGAAUGAGGGAGAAAAAAGUGGAUGUAUUGUUUGUAUAUAUUGUAUAUAUUAAAACAAAGAGAUAUGUGCAUGAAAUCAAGAAAAAGAAAUGAGCAAAAGCAAAGCAUUAGUGGCUAUGGUCUGUAAAAUGAAACAAAAAAACUUUAUUUCACUAUAAGAGUACUUUAUUUUAAAUGUUCUUUAGAAGAACAUUUUGCUAACGCAUGAUUAAACUGCAAAAAAUAAAAGAGCUACUGUAUUUAGACUUAGGAAAAAAAGGCAGAGUAACAUUACUUAAAAAAAGGAUAUGUUUACAUUUAAUUUUGGCUACCAGGAGUUUAGUUUAUAUUAUUUAAAAUUCUUUUGCCAACGGUGCCAAGUAAUGUGAAUGCUAAUAUUGCUUGAGAAAAUUAAGUUACUUUUGCAAAACAGAUAAUCCUAAAAUGAAUCUGUCUAUAACUUAACACACCACCCCCUCACUCCAAAAACAAACACUUAGAAUAAUCAGAACCUGACGAAAGAAGUAAGUAGUGUGAAGAGUAGAAAAUGAUCACAUUUUCAUACCAUCUGCUGGAAAUCAGAAGAUGAAAUAAAAAACUGCACAAAAAAGUAACGAGAAGUGAAACAUACACGUAGACUGGUCUUGUAGGGAUGCCAUGUGAAUUACUAUUUCCACAUAAUGAGGAGCCAAAGAAAUCUAUUGCUUUUAAAAAUUAAACUACUAAUGUCAAAUGGAGAGAAUAAAGCUUGCCAUUUGCUGAUGCCAGUUUUAAAAUUCCCAGGUGACGUUUGAGGAUCAGUUGGUAUAAAAUGAGAUGUUUUGACUUGGUUUGGGUGGCCAACUGUGAGUUGUAAACUCAAGGCUUGUUGUGAAGCCUAAAAAUAUUCACAGAGAAGCUUUU